CUCCACCUUGUAGUAAAGUAAAGUCAAUGACAGAAGCUCUGAAUCUGUUGCUGCACAAUUUGCAUUGAUCAUCCUCUAAACCAGUCUCCUUCGAUCCUGGUCCUGGUGCGUGGUGUUUCACGCACAUUUUAAAGAACUGCCUGCUUUAACACAUACUGGGGGAAUGGAUAUUCAUACAUUUGCAGGGUAUGCUUAAAACAAAAUUAGUGUAUUCGUUAAAAAGCACCAAUAUUUCAGUUUUUCACCACUAUUCUUUAAUAAUUACAGAUGCUGAUUCUUACACACAGCCACAUGAAGGCAGUAUUGAGUCUUAUGAAUGAAUUAGUAGAACUGCAGUCCAUUAAAACAGUGGAUCUAUUAAUUAUCAGUUAAUGCUAUUUCCCUUUUAAUUUUUUUUAAAGCUGGUGUGAAGCUGUACUUUGCACUAUUCAGACCUCUGCACCUGGUUUAAGUAGGAAACGGAAAUGAGGGGAAAGACGGUAUAAGAGGAGGAAAACAGUUGUGUCCUAAAAAACCUCUAUCCUUUAAGAAGAUUUAAGACGAGGGGGGAAAAAUUCACUCACUCCGGUCUGUGUGGGUGGCUUCCUUUCCUCCAAGUGGCUGAGAGGCUUAGAGAGGUGAGGUAAGGCCUUCAGGCUCAUGUCCUGACUACCUACUGAUCGCAUUUCACCCAGCCAGCACAGAAUGAACAGAGGGUAUCAGAAGGAGAGGACAGCAUAAAACAAAACAACCUGUCUUUAGACAUCCAGGCACAGGAAAACUCAGCAGCUAAUAGUUCAGGAAUCUAAAAAAAACAGGAUGGAAAAAGGUAGGAGCAGAUAUGACCUACAGAAUGUAUUUUGGGAAUAGAAAGUAGAUCUAGAAAUUCUAGAAAUACAUGGAGGGUUUGGGGCCCUGAGCUAAAGAGAUGACCCUGCGAUGGCUGUCCACUCAACUCUGGAGACAUCGGGUGACGGGGCUUUUGGUGACCCUGGCGGUGACCGUUAUUCUCAUGCUUUUGGCCACACAGUCUCUGCAGAGUACAAGGACUCGUAAUGUACGGCCAGCAGGGGAAAAGAGAACGCAGAAAGGCCGUGAACACAAGCAAACGCCAGCCCGUCCUGGAUCUGCACCAACACACAUUGCCAGCCACGAACAGGAAACAAAGGCCAGGCUGCUGCCCACCGCAGAACUCAGUAACCAGUCUGUGAAGAAGAGGCGGCACCCUCCACCUGUAGCCUUCCUUAAAACACACAAGACCGGCAGCAGCACAGUGCAGAACCUUCUGUUCCGACUCGGAGAAAAAGAGAAAGCGACUUUCGCCUUCCCCUACUACACCUACCAGUUCAGCUACCCUGAGAGGUUCAGAGCCGAAUUUGUGGAUGAGCUUCCAGAAGAUUCGUCUCAGUUCGACCUGCUGUGCAGUCACAUGCGGCUGGACCUGAACCAGCUGAAGAAAGUGAUGCCACUGAACGCCAUCCUCAUCACAAUCCUGCGGGAGCCUCUCAGGACUUUUGAGUCAGUGUUCAGCUACUACACCUCCUCUGUGCAUGCUUUCUCCAGGGCCAAGGAGAUCGCUGCUAGACCUGAGAACAAGGGCAGGACUGCACUGUCUGUUUUCCUGGAUGAUCCAGAAAGCCUCUGGGACCCGAAAGUCCCCAGUAACCAUCUGGCCAAGAACCCCAUGAGCUUCGACAUGGGCUUGAACAACGAGGAAUGGAAUGCUUCCUGGCCAGAAGACUUGUACCGCCUGGAGGAGGCGUUCGAUCUGGUGAUGAUCGCAGAACACUUUGACGAGUCACUCGUUCUCCUCGGGGCGCUGCUGGGGUUGGAGCCACAAGAUCUGGCCUACGUUCAGAUGAACACGAGACACGCCGGCGACGUCACAGCACUGGAUGAGGACAGCAGAGUCAAGCUGCGAUCCUGGAACGCUCUAGACUCCCUCCUCUACGACUUUUUUCUGCAGGAGUUCUGGAUUAAGGCUGAGCACUAUGGCCUGAACCGUCUCAAAGCAGGGGUAGCUGAGCUCAGGGCUUCGACAGAGAAGAUAAGAAACAAUUGUGUGUCCAGGUCUGCGGUGCCACCUAGCGAGCUAGAGGACUUGGUGCGGCCCUGGCAGACAGAUACAGCCACCAUACUGGGAUACGAGGUGCAGAAGAACCUCAGCCUGGAGGAUCAGGGCUUCUGUGUGAGGCUAGUUCUGCCAGAACUACAGUAUCACUCUCAUCUAUACUUCCAGCAGUAUGGCAGAGACAUGAGAUCUGUCCCGUCAGACUGACACUUGGCAUUUCUAUAAAUAACCAAACUUACAUGAUUUUUGUCAAGCAGCUAAGACACUUGUGGUGUCUGAACUAUGCAUUAAGGUACUUGGGUUCGAGAAAAAUGGAUUGAGACAUCCCUAUUCUUUAGAGAGUAAAAAUCUUAAUAUUGUUAAUAUUAAUGUUAAUAUUGACCAUUACUUAAAAAAAUUACAAUGCACCGGUAAACCUCUAGACAUGUUCUUAGAUUUGCUUAAAAUUUUAAAUUUGGACUAAAUUCAGUUUUUUUUUAAAGUGAGCACCACUGUGUAUUAGCAUUGCAGCACAAUUACAAACAUUCUUAAUUAAAGGGGUUCUUUAAAUAAAGGAUUCUUCAGUAACGGCAAUUCUUCUCUACAGAACAAUAACAACUCAAGGAACCACCUGCCUAUUGCACACCAAGAUGCGGACACUAUGGAGUGUUUUGAGCUCAGAUGGAGAGAUUGGCCAGGCUGGUUGAUUUAUCAGAGCUCAGAUCUGGAGCUUCCCUCCAGGAGUUUUGGUUGCCUGGUUUAAAAAAGAGGUGGUGGCUGACUGCACAUGUAUCGGAAGAGGCAUGCAUUUUUCCUUGCCCUUCUAAAGUUGGUGAUUGUGAAGUCCUAGUGACUGGGUAGUGUAACUGGCUAAUGCCUGGCUCACACUUCAGGAUAAUGGGGCAGAUUUUGAGGCGGAUUUGCUGUUCCCGACAAUCAAGAAAAGUUUCCUGACAAGUUGAUGAUAAACGAUGAUCUUCCCAGACAAUCCAGUAGUGGGAAGAGUUACUGAGAAAAGUGACUUUGACCUUGUAACUGAAAUGAGAUGAAUAAACUAAAUAAGGGAAUAUAUGGUAAAUUUAUAGUUGGAUAAAUGAGAGUUUUAUGAGCAGUAAACAGUAUAAAUACAUAUACAGCUCUGGUUUCUCUGGUUUUGCUAUUUAUAGGUACAUGUUUGAGUAAGAUGAACAUUGUUGUUUUAUUCUAUAAACUACUGCAAACAACAUUUCUCCCAAAUUUCAAAUAAAAAAUAUUGUCAUUUAGAGCAUUUAUUUGCAGAAAAUGAGAAAUGGCUGAAAUAACAAAAAAAUAUGCAGAGCUUUCAGACCUCAAAUAAUGCAAAGAAAACAAGUUCAUAAUUAUAAAGUUUUAAAAGCUCAGAAAUCAAUAUUUGGUGGAAUAAUCCUGGUUUGUUCUCCUCCACCAGUCUUACACACUGCUUUUGGAUAACUUUAUGCCACUCCUGUGCAAAAAAAAAAUCCCCAGAGUUGUGGCUUGAUUUCUUUAACUUAUGUGUGAAAUGUAAAAAAAAAAAGCCUACAGGAAAGCAGUUGUCCAGGAAGCGAGGAAGAGAUUUGGAGACCACUGGGGGUUGUGUUCCUGUGUGUGAGGGGUUGGCACUAAGGGGGCUGUGAAAAAUAUGAAAGGUUGUAUAAUGAUGUUGCUUCAGUUACACCUAUUUAUCAUUAUCCCAUCUGAUAAAAGUGAAAAAGUGAUGCCUGAUAGUAAAGAAUAAAUAACCAGAGAGAAAGUUGCACAGCCUGCAGGUAUUACUUUGUAUUUAUCCUGGGUAAAGAGUGGGGGUGGGGGGGCUGAAGUGGUAAUUUAAAGAGUGUGGACUAAAAAUAGAGAACCGAUAUUGGAAGUCUGAACAGGAGGCCGAAAUCAGGCAUUUCUAAUGGCUGGGUUUAAUCAAUGUCUCAUUACUUACUUUAAUUAAAAGUCAUGAGUGUUGAGUUUGCCCUUUUUCAUUAUAAAUUACAAUUAGCAUUACCUUCACCUCCCAAAAGGCACAGUGAGCAUUUAGACCAGACUUAGCUUUUCUUCAGCAUGAACACAACUGAAUAGUUACCUGUUUUCCCUCAAAUCU